CUUUCGCGCCCUAAGCGCAGUCUAACUUGGACUGGCUGGCACGGAGGGAGACCGGUGUGUUUGCAGCGUCACCUUCCACCUCCUCCAGCACCCACGGUGGACACGAUGGCAGAUGAGUUGGAGUCUUCAGUGCGGCAGGGAGCAGGUGAUGUAGAAGAAGACGAUGACGACCUUGUAGAUGCCAAGCCUGAUCGAUCCUCCUUCAUAUCAGUGCUCAGGAAAAAGAAAAAUGUACCAGAGAAGUCAAACCAAUCCCUGCAUGACCAUAAGCGAGUAGUUGUGCCCAAAUUCCAAUAUGAUAUGAAUUACAAGAAGGUUGGCAAAUGUGUCAUAAUAAAUAACAAACACUUUGAGGAUAAAACCCGCAUGGGCACAAGGAAUGGCACAGAUAAAGAUGCUGAGGGACUGUAUAAAUGCUUCAGAAACUUGGGCUUUGAUGUGGCAGUCUAUAACAACCGCUCUUGUUCCGACAUGCAGAACCUGCUCAAACAAGUUUCUCAAGAAGACCAUAGCGACUCGGCCUGCUUUGCCUGUAUCCUUCUGAGCCAUGGAGAAGAGGACGUAAUUUAUGGGACAGAUGGAGUGACCCCAAUAAAAGAUCUGACUAUCCACUUUAGGGGAGAUAAAUGCAGGACCCUCUUAGGGAAACCCAAAUUAUUUUUCAUUCAGGCUUGCCGAGGUUCUGAGUUUGAUGAUGGGAUCCAGACGGACUCCGGACCUAUAAAUGAUACAAAUGCUAAUCCUGGAUGCAAGAUACCAGUUGAAGCCGAUUUUCUCUUUGCCUAUUCCACAGUUCCAGGCUAUUAUUCAUGGAGGAAUCCGGGAAAGGGCUCUUGGUUUGUGCAGGCCCUCUGCUCAGUCCUGAAUGAGGAUGGGAAAAGCUUGGAGAUCAUGCAGAUCCUCACACGAGUGAACUACAGAGUCGCCACGGACUUUGAAUCUCAGUCUGAUGACCCAUCCUUCAAUGAGAAGAAACAGAUUCCAUGCAUGGUCUCCAUGCUCACCAAAGAACUCUACUUUUGACAACGCACCCAACUGCAGCAAGGAGAUUUCAAUCAGAAACUAUUGGUCUUUCUCAUUUUUUUUAAAAAAGCUUCUAAUUUGUUUUGAUGUUGCAAUCAGUGAUCUUAAAUCUCCAGAAGUGUUUGAUUGCAGGGAAAACCAUCAAUCCAAUGGACAACUUUUCCAGUGUUACCUUGGUGCGUUCGUGAAUUUUCAAAGGGACUAUAAUUUUUUAAUUAUAGUUUUAUUUCGUGACUGUAAUUAUCUCAGGAUUCAGAGAUAAGGGGUGAAGGGUGUGUUGAUGAUUUCUUUUGAAUCUUUAUGGAAUGUGAUGCAAACAACAAAAGUGACCUCUCAGUUGGAUGCUUAAGGUCUGCCUCUUGAUUGUUAGUGGACAUGGGAAGAAACACACAUCUUCAUCACCAAAUAAAGUUGCUGCUGUCAGUCUUGGAAAGGA